AUGGGACGCCUCCAGAGCCGGCUGAAACCGGUGCAAACGGAAAGCAGGCAGACCCCCUUUACCGAAAAAGGUGGCGCUCCCACGGGAGGUCAGCCACCCAUGUCGGAAGGAUUCCUUGCUCUGACAAUUCUAAAUGCCCGCUCGCUUGCGAGACGGGCAUCGGAGCUGAGGCUCCUGCUGGCCACAGCGAAGUCUCACAUAUUGAUUAUCAAUGAGACUAAGCUGAAGGAAGCUACGAGGGUGGAAUUCGAAGGCUAUAAGUCUAUUAAUAUACCAUGGAAAAUAUACUCAGUGGCGGGGACAGGAACCUCAGUCUACUACAGGGCGAACCUUAAGGUAAGAAACAUCAGAAUUGUGGAGGAGUCACUCUGUGAACUUAUUGUGCUCGAGCUGCACACGACUGCUGGCUGGCUAACCGUCGGGGGAAUGUACUCAAAGUCGCUGAGGCGCUAUUCAAACGUUAUUGGGACGUUCUUUGAGGAAAAUUGCCUGUCAAUACUAGCAGGAGAUCUUAAUGCCAAAAAUGUGAGUUAUGGAUGUGAAACUACGAAUAUGAAUGGAACUGUCCUUGAGGACUUGGCCAGUAGCUUGGGUUUUUCGGUCUUUACAUCGGAAGAACUGAAUCAUUAUGCAGACAGAGUCAGGGCUGAUCGCUUGGGUCUCUUUCUAUGCUCGGCAUCAAUUAGUCCUUUAUGUUACAUACCGAGGUUGGAAGCGGACAUUGGCUCUGACCACGUGCCGCAAACGAUGUUGAUAAAGAUGACUAUGAAUGUUACGGAGGACUUGUUCAUUGGUUACAACCUCGUGAACAUGAACUGGAGUUUAUUCGAAUCAUAUAUGCGGGAUUCGCUUCGAAAUGUCGUGUCCCAGCCUCUGAGAAGCAGAGAUGAUAUUGACAAUCUCGAUGAUCACCUUAGAUCGUCAAUCAUAAAAUUCCUGGAUGUUUAUGCAUUAAAAAAUGUAUGGAAACCCAAAGGAACGCAAAAGCGGAUGAAUUCGAAACUUGUCACUCUGAUCAGAACGAAGGUACCCUGGAAAAUCGCAGGAGAUGUCGGGUUGAGUCAAUCAAAUGCCGCCUGA